AUGGUUCCCCCACGAAUGGACAGGACAAGACGCCGAGCUCAUGCACCACUACACGCUGCACACAUCGAAAGCAUUCGCGCACCGGCCAUCAAUGCAGGAAACGUGGCAGGUGUCCGUCCCCGAAAUCGCGUACGGCCACGAGUUCCUCAUGCACGGGCUGCUGGGUCUCGCCGCGUCGCAUCUCGCCUUCCUCAGGCCGGAGCGGUACAGCCACUACCUCGCGCUCGCGGGGUUCCAUAUGUCGCUGGGGCUACGGACAUACCGCCGGCUGAUCCUCGCGCCGUCGAGGGACAACUGCCACGCGCUGUUUUGCUUCUCGGGGCUGGUCAUGGUGUACAUCUACGCGUCGCCGAGGGAGCACACGGCCGUGGACACCGGGCUAUCGUCGAUCCUGGAGCUGUUGGUGCUGUGCCGCGGGACCCUGGUGCUGCACCCGUACUUCGACCGCAUCCGGCAGAGCUCGCUGGCGCAUCUGUUUCAGCCGGAGUUCAUGGAGACACCCCCUCCACCCCCGCGCUCUUCAAAAACCUCAGCCCCCACCUAGACGCCCUGCAUAAACUCAUCGCAACAACCCCCUCCAUCCCGCCAACAUCGCAGCCAACCUUCCUCCAAGCCCUAAGCCGCCUAAAGGCCACGUCCGCGUGCAUCGAGGCCUGCAACGCCCGACAACCCCUCGAAGUCGGCAUGCUCUACAUGUGGCCGCUCUCACUGGAAGAGGAGUUCUUUGCGUUCCUGCAGCAGCGCCACCCCGUCGCUCUGGUAUUCCUGGCGUUCUACUGCGCGCAGCUGCAUGCGUUUCGGCAGUACUGGUUUGUCGGCGGGCAGGGGGGUGCUUGGUUGGAGUGUGUGGAGGAGGCGUUGGAUGGCGGGUAUGGGGAGUUCCUUGCUUGGCCGAGGGGGAUUCUGAGUGGGGAUGUGUGA